GACUGCCCGAGGCAAAGCAUCUGCUUGACGGGAUUUUAUCGAGUAAAUUAAAAAAAAAAGCAAAACAAAAAAAAUUCAAAAUGUUGAAAGAGUUGGUGAAAGAGCGACUAAUGGCAGCAGCUGAUGAAAUAUUCGCGCUGUUUGAAAGAACGGUAGCGUCCUACGAGGAGGAGCUUUCUCGAACCAGAGAGGAGAAGGAGCGACAUCAACAACAACUGGAAGCUGUUUGCAAGACUCAAAUUGUGUUACACAUUGAAGAUGGCCAGCAGCUGAUUGGUUGUCAAGAAGUAUGUUUCCCUCAGCUGCAGGGCGGGAGCUCCUCCUUCAAGCAAGAGGACCCACGGCCCCUUCACGUUAAAGAGGAAGAGGAGGAGCGUGAGUCCCCCCACGUUAAAGAGGAACAGAAGGAAGGCUGGAUCACUCAGGAGCGGGAGCAUCUUCAAGGGCCGGAGGAGACUGAGCUCACCAAGUUGCCACUGACUAGCAUCUCUGUGAAGACUGAAGACCAUGAAGACAAACCACCUGAGUCCUCACAGCUUCAUCACAGUCCAAGUGAGGAGAGCGGAGGGGUGGAGCCUCCAAGCAGCAGCUCAACUCAACACAUGACAACAGAAGCUGAUGGAGACCACUGUGGAGGAUCACAAGCAGCCAACCUCUUAACUCCAGCAGCAGAUAGUGAUGACACGACGUCACACUCUUCUGACACUGAUGAUAAAGACUCUAAAGCUGAUAUGACAUGUCACACUGACAACACACGCUUUAAAUGCUCUCACUGUGACAGAACUUUUAGUUACCAUUGUUAUCUGAAAAGACACAUGAGAUAUCACACAGGAGAAAAAACAUAUUCUUGUUCAGUGUGUGGUAUAGCUUUUGUACGAAAUCACGAUUUUAAAGUACACAUGAGAAGACACACUGGAGAAAAACCGUUUUCCUGUUCAGUCUGCGGUAUAGGUUUUGUACGAAAUCAUGAUUUGAAAGUACACAUGAGAAAACACACUGGUGAGAAACCUUUUUCCUGUUCAGUGUGUGGGAUAAGUUUUAGAAGAAAUCAAGAUUUGAAAAUACACAUGAGCAAACACACUGGAGAAAAAACAUAUCCAUGUUUAGUCUGCGACAAAAGCUUUUGUGUCCGAACGGCACUCGCAGUGCACAUGAGAAUACACACUGGUGAGAAAGUGUUUCGUUGCAGUGUUUGUGGUGAAAGAUUCUCUUAUAAGUACCAGCUUAACAAUCACAAGUGUGCUGGUGAGAACAGCAGCAGUAAAUGAAGCUGCAGGACUUGAAAUAAACUGUCAAGACUUUGGUAACUUUGACUUUCUAACAACAUCACCACAUAUAACGUGUGACAUCAUUGGUGUGUGUGUAACCCAAACUUUUUAAUAUGCUUCUACCAUUUAAAUGUAAUAAAAAUGGCUUUCUGCACCUUUGCCGGUGCCAUUGUGCAAGAUGCACCUUUCAUCUUUGUUUAGCUCCAUUAUACCUGGAACAUUUGGAGGUGGAG